CUAAUAAACACACGUCGUCUUGCGCGAAAAACCAACAAUUUGAUCUUUUGUUUUUCAUUUCAUAUGUACAAACAGUCUACAGUAUUUCAUGCAUAGAAUUACGUUACUUAUUAGAAAUUUUUCAUCGAACACUGCCAUCAAACCAGAUUUUAUAUUGAACCGCCGAUUGGGAGGACUAAUAAACACCAAAAGGAUAUUAAGUUCUGUAGCAAUGCAUCCAAACAUCGAGCGCAAGUACAAUGAUAUUGUCAAAUCAGCUGAGGACAAACGGCUCUACCGUGGUUUGCUACUGAAGAAUGGGAUGAAAAUUCUAAUGAUCAGUGACCCUACAACUGAAAAAGCAGCCGCAGCAAUGGAUAUUCACAUUGGUUCUUUAUCAGAUCCAUGGAAUCUUCCUGGUCUUGCACAUUUCCUUGAACAUAUGCUAUUCUUAGGAACAAAGAAGUAUCCUGAAGAAAAUGCAUAUAUGCAGUAUCUGUCUGAGCAUGGAGGAUCAUCAAACGCUUUCACAUCUGGCCAACACACCAACUAUUAUUUUGAUGUAGGUUGUGAACACUUUUCGGGAGCUUUAGAUAGAUUUGCUCAGUUCUUUCUUUGUCCGUUACUAAACGAGGAGGUGACGGAUCGUGAAGUGAAUGCCGUUGACCAAGAGAACACGCGCAAUGUGAAACAAGACAAUUGGAGACUCUUUCAGCUUGAAAAAUCUACCUCUAAAAAGGGCCAUGUAUAUACCAAAUUCAAUGCAGGUAAUAAGGAUACACUGCAGACUAUUCCAUUACAAGAAGGGAUAAAUGUACGUGAAGAACUGUUGAAUUUUCAUUCUCAGUACUACUCGUCUAACAUAAUGGCAUUAACAAUACUUGGAAAAGAUUCUUUAGAUCAGAUGGAAUCAAUGAUUACAGAAUUAUUCGGAAAUGUAGAAAAUAAAUCUGUUGAGAUUCCAGUUUGGUUAGAUCAUCCAUAUGGCGAGGAACAAUUGCAGGUUGAAUUAAAUAUUGUACCUAUAAAAGAUCUGCGACAGUUGAACAUUUCCUUUCCAAUACCCGAUAUGAGUGAGCACUACCUAUCCAAGCCUUCUCAUUACCUAGGCCAUCUAGUAGGGCACGAAGGAUCAGGGAGUCUGCUGUCCGAACUGAAGGCACAAGGCUGGGUGAACAUGUUAUGUGGUGGAGAGAAGCCUGGAGCUAAGGGCUUCGCAUUCUUCACUGUUACUGUUGACUUAAGUGAAGAAGGACUGGAUCAUAUUCAAGAUAUUAUCAUGCAUGUGUUCCAGUAUUUAAACAUGCUCCGUCAGGAAGGCCCUCAGGAAUGGAUCCAUAGGGAAUGCCAGGACUUGGAUAAUAUGAGGUUCCGGUUCAAGGACAAAGAAAGGCCUUCAUCCUAUGUGAUGACUACCGUUGCCAAUCUUCAUGAAUAUCCAUUCACAGAAGUGCUGUCAGCUGACUACACCAUGCCUGACUACAGACCAGAUCUUAUAAAAAUGAUACUUGGCUUACUUACCCCUGAUAAGGCAAGAAAUGGCAGAACGCUGGUUUUAACCCAAAAUUUUCACUUCCCGAAAAGAAUGACUUCAUCCCAACGGAUUUCAGCAUAGUCCCAAGGGAAGAGGAGUCGUCCGCUCUUCCGGUCCUUAUCAGGGAUACACCUAUCUCCAAAGUUUGGCAUAAACAGGACGACACUUUCCUACUACCUAAAGCUUGUUAUUGUAUUGAUUUGACAAGUCCACUGAGUUACCGUGAUCCUUUACAUACCAAUCUAACAAGGUUGUUUACGGUACUGGUAAAGGACACCCUCAACGAGUAUGCCUACGCAGCUGAAAUUGCGGGGAUCGGUUACUCAUUAGACAGUACUGUUUAUGGUCUGUAUCUGAAUAUUACCGGUUAUAAUGAUAAGCAAGAUAUACUUCUGAAAAAAAUCCUGGAAAAGUUAACAAACUUGACGAUCGAUGUGAAACGAUUUGAAUUAUUGAAAGAAAUGUAUUCCAGGAUGUUGAAAAACUUCAAUGCUGAGCAGCCUCAUCAACAUGCGGUGUACUAUACUGCAGUGCUGAUGUCAGAACUGGCCUGGACCAAAGAGGAGCUUUCAAACAGUUUGGAUGAGGUCACAGUGGAAAGGUUAACAGCAUUUAUACCCCAGUUGCUUUCAAGACUCCAUAUAGAAGCUCUGUUCCAUGGAAACUUAACAAAGCAGAGGGCACUUGAAGUGGUGGACAUGAUAGAGACUGUAUUAAAUGACCAUUGCGCUACCAAACCGCUAUUACCCAGUCAGUUGGUGAAACAAAGGGAGAUCCAGCUACCAGACGGGUGUUACUAUCAAUAUCAUAAGUGCAAUGAUGUUCAUGAUAGCAGCGGCAUUGAGAUGUACUAUCAAGUUGGCCUCCAAGAAACACAGCAGAACAUGUUACUGGAGCUGCUGUGUCAGGUGGUCAGUGAGCCUUGCUUUGAUACCCUGAGGACACAGGAACAACUUGGAUAUAUUGUCUUCAGUGGAGUGAGGCGGUCGAAUGGUGUACAAGGAUUACGUGUGAUCAUCCAAUCGAAUAAAGUCCCUAGUUAUCUGGACAGCAGAGUUGAAGCGUUUUUAAUGCAAAUGAAGGAUCACAUCACUAACAUGAAACAGGAGGACUUUGAACAACAAGUUUCUGCAUUAGCUGUGAAGCGAUCUGUGAAGCCGAAGAAAUUAACAACAGAAUGUAGAAAAUACUGGAGUGAAAUUUCUUCAGGACAGUAUAAUUUCGAUAGAGAUUCUAUUGAAGUUGCCUGCCUUAAAAACAUAACAAAAGAAAACCUGAUAGACUUCUUCAACAAUUACAUUGACAUAAGUGCUCCAAAACGACACAAAAUUUCAGUUUACGUCAAAACUAGUAUUGCAGCAGACGAACUGGAUGCCGCUUCUGGAAACCAUGUGAUGGACAAUCCCAUUGACCAUCUUCCAUUAACCAUACCGGUGGUUGUGGGAGAUGUCACAGAUUUCAAAAGCGGUCUUCCACUGUUUCCACGCCCUGCUUCCUACAUUGAUAUAUCGCCCGCCAAAUCAAAACUGUAGCUUUUACCGAUGUUUAACUUUAAAGCCAAAAUGAGCCUGGAGUUAGAAUCUAUCAAAAUAAAACCUGCCACGCCCUUUUUCCCUAUAUGUUGCCCAUUUGUUGAAAAGAUGUUAAUAUGAUAAAUACAUGUUUUCCCAGUUUAUGAUUGGUUAAGGACAUCAUCAAGUCAUGUCUAAAAAUUUACUGAGAAAACUCCACUCAGACAAUGGGACAACUUUUAUAAUCCCGAGUUUCAAUUUUUUCAUGCCCGAUAAUAGUUUCCUUGAAUUAUAUUUAUUUUCCUGUAUUGAUUUCAAGAUGUUGUUACUGUCUGAAGGUUUGCAUGGCGAAGUAAUAAUAUAUGUUAAUGUUUGCGGUACACCACGUACUGUAGGUAGUUCUGAAAAAGAACUGUUGUUGUUGGUUGAGAAUAUCUCGACGUUUCGUCUUCAGGAGAAUAAUAUCUGUUAUAAUAUCAGUAUAAUUAAAUUAUUAUUAUUAUCUGAUAAUAUCAGAUAUUAUUCUCCUGAAGACGAUACAAGCAAUUACUCAAUCGAAAAGUCGAGAUAUUCUCAACCAACAACAACAUUUCUUUUCAGGACUAUCUACUGUACGUGGUGUACCACAAGCAUUAACAUAUAAGAUAUUGUUACAUAUUCAUAACUAAUCACACAUGUAUAACCGCAGUUAUAUAAUUUAUUUCCAGUUUAUAACCAAUUGUGAAGCAAUAUUGCCGAUUCUGGAGGGCAAUACCCAAGGGUCAUUUUUUUCAUAAUACCUCUAAUGAAACGCAACAAAUGUGAUAUUUAU